AUGGUCGGCAACGGCAUCGAGGCGCCAUCGCAGCGGAAGAAGGUAUGCGUGAUCGGGGCCGGGAUGGCCGGGCUCGCGUCAGCCCGCGAGCUGCGACGGGAGGGCCAGGACGUGAUGGUGCUGGAGCAGCGCGGCGACGUGGGCGGGCAGUGGCUGUACGACCCGAGGGUCGACGGCACUGACCCUCUCGGCGCCUCGGAGCCGGUAAAGGUGCAUAGCAGCUUGUACGCAUCCCUCCGCCUCAUCAGCGCCCGGGAGACCAUGGGCUUCACCGACUUCCCCUUCGCGCCCAAGCCCAAGGACGGCCGUGACAGCCGCCGCUUCCCGGACUUCUGCGAUGCCUUCGGGCUCAUAGAGCUCGUCAGGCUCAACACCAGUGCUGCGCGUGUUGCCUUGGCGCCGGGUCCGACUCCGACGCGGCAGUGGACGGUGAGCUCCGUCGAUCUCGGCAAGUGCAAUGGUACCGAGGAGGAGGAGGAGGUGUUCGACGCCGUGGUCGUCGCCAAUGGCCACUACUCGCAGCCAAUAUUACCAACAAUCAAAGGCAUGCAAGUGUGGAGGGGAAGGCAGAUGCACAGCCACUCGUACAGGGUGCCGGAACAGUUCCGCGACGAGGUGGUGGUGGUGGUGGGGUGCGGCCUCAGCGGCAUGGAGAUCGCCAUGGAGGUCCGCGGGGUGGCCAAGGAGGUGCAUCUCGUCGCCAAAUCCAUGGAGGAGGUAACCCAAGGGCUCGCCAAGGUGCUCGCCAAGCAUAGCGUUAGCCUUCACCUACAACUUCACGUGGAGCGCCUGUGCCCGGACGGGCGGGUGGUGUUCGGCGAUGGCUCCAGUGUCCUCGCCGACACGGUCAUCUACUGCACAGGGUAUAAUUACGCUUUCCCGUUCCUGGAUACCGAGGGAGCGGUCACCAACGACGACAACCGCGUGGGCCCGCUGUUCGAGCACGUGUUCCCGCCGACGCUGGCGCCAUCACUCUCCUUCAUCGGUAUACCCAAAAAGGUAUUUGCUCCUUGGUUCUUCGAGGCUCAAGCGAAAUGGGUGGCGCAUGUGCUAUCUGGCAAGAGGACGCUGCCGCCAGAGGAGGUGAUGAUGCGAUCCGUGGAGGAGUUUUACCACGCCAGGGAUAUCGCUGGCGUGCCCAAGAAGUUCACCCACGGCGUCAGCUUGUUUGACAUCACGUACAAGAAUGAGUUCGGAUGUAAGUACUGCGACUUCCCAGGUGUGGAGAAAUGGCGUCAAGAGCUGCUGAUGUCGACGCUCGCCAACAUGGUAGACAACCUCGAGACCUUCCGCGACGACUACCAGGACAGCGACUCCAUCCGCAAGGGUGUGGAGGAGUAG